AUGACGGAGGACACCAACAGAGGAUUAGAAUCUGGCUUCUCGGGAGCCACCUAUCGUCGCAUUCUCUUUGACAUAUCUGCAAAACCCAAGGAGAAAGCAGCUGCUGCUGCUGCAGCUGCUUCUUCUACUGCUGCAGCUGCAGCUGCUGCUGCAGCUGCUGCAGCUGCUGCUGCUGCAGCUGCUUCUUCUACUGCUGCAGCUGCAGCUGCUGCUGCAGCUGCUGCUGCUGCUGCUGCUGCAGCUGCUUCUUCUACUGCUGCAGCUGCAGCUGCUGCUGCAGCUGCUGCUACUGUUACUGCUGUUGUUGCUGCUACUGCUGCUGCUGCUACUGCUGUUUCUGCUUCUACAACUACUGCUACUGCUUACUGCUUCUACUGUUAG